CUUUGAAAUGAGUAAUGUAUUUAUUUACAUACAGUACACAUGUAAUCUUGUAUCAUUCAUUACAUUUAAACGUUGUACAUGCGUUACAGUAUAUUUGAUGUAAUACAUUCGGAAAGGGAUUUAUAUUGAAUGAUUUCAUAAAGAUGGCCUCCACCUUUUCACCGUAUAUGGUAGUGGCGGCGUUUGAUUUUGGUACAACAUACAGCGGAUAUGCCUUCUCGUAUCGCGAUAUGCCAACCCUUGUCCAGACAAACCAGGCCUGGGGCGACGGUAACACGAACUCGAUGAAAACUCCCACAUGUGUUCUGCUAACACCGGACCAGGAGUUCGAUUCGUUUGGCUAUGAUGCGGAGAAUAAGUAUUACAGUCUAGCUGCGGAAAACUCGCACCAUGGUUGGCUUUUGUUCCGCAGAUUUAAGAUGCUGUUACAUAAUGACGAGAACAUUUCAAGAAAAACACUUGUCACGGACAUCAAUGGAGUUGCUUUACCUGCUGUAACAAUUUUCACCAUGGCGAUUCGUUUUUUGAAGGACCAUCUAUUUAAAUCUGCGGACCUCUUUACGAGCGGCUUUGUGACGGAGCGUGACGUCAAAUAUGUGCUUACUGUUCCUGCAAUAUGGACGGAAAAAUCUAAAAUGUUUAUGCGGGAGGCGGCAGUAGAGGCAGGACUAUCAGAUUCACGACUCAGACUUUGCUCUGAACCGGAAGCGGCCUCCAUCUAUUGGCAGAGUGUAACAACCUUGUUUGCUAGAGCUGACCAGCCACCCGUAUUAAAACCUUACAUGGUUGUGGAUUUAGGAGGGGGAACCGCGGACAUGUACGUACAUGAGAAAUUGAGUGAUCAAACUAUUAAAGAACUGUAUAAAGCAAGUGGAGGUCCAUGGGGUGGUACCGUUGUCGACAAGAACUAUAUUGAAUGGCUCACACAAAUUGUUGGAAAAGACACAAUGGAAAGAUUUAAAACAGAAAAGAUGAUGGAUUAUUUCGAUUUAUUGAAGGACUUUGAAGCCAAAAAGAGAACCGUUACGCCUGAAAGCGAAGGCAAAAUAGCAUUUAAGUUUUAUUCAUCAUUAAAUCAACUAUUUGAAGAGGAAAACGGAUGUGGUAUAGCAGAUAAAAUAUCUGUGUUAGGUCUGACAAAGAUGGUGUCUUUAAAUGAGCGCGAAAUUAACAUAGACGCCUCCAUCGUGAAGAGUUGGUUUGAUGAACCUAUCAAAAACAUGAUUGAUCACGUGUUAAAAAUUCUCGCGAGACCUGAUAUGGAAAGAGUUGGGAGUGUAUUGCUUGUUGGUGGUUUUGGUGAAAGUAAAAUCGUUCAAGAAGAAAUGAGAAGACGAAUUGCUGAUAAGGAAUUAAUAUUUCCAAAUGAACCGAGUAUGAGUGUGCUGAAAGGUGCGGUUCGUCUCGGACAUCUUCCAUCACUGGUGUCAGCAAGGGUAAUUAGGGUUCGAUCAGAACUUGCCAGUGAAUAAUUAUCAACUUUAUUGAAAGUCAGAUGUGCAUUUUUGUUAUGAGUUUUUUAAAAAGGGAAUUAUGCUUCAGAAACAAAUAUAUUUUUACUUUUUUAGAAAGGGGAAAUAUAAGUUUUACAACAUUUAAAUAAAAAAUGGUUUUAGAGUAUACAAUGUAAAAGAUGCUUGUUACCUGAAGAAAGUAGCACCUAGUUUGAAAUAAUUUGUCAGAAAUGUAGCAAAAUAUAAACAAAGUAGUAUUUUGACCUCAGUACAAAAUUUGACUCUAAAAUUGUACUAAUUACCAAAAAGUGACAGAAGAAAAAGAUGGUUCAGGUAAUUGUGAUGGCCAAUGAGUAACUUUUUGGAAACUAUAAAAAUACAUGUACAUCGAAAAUUUAAAAAACUCUUGAGAAAUAAAAAAUAAAAGCAUUUCUCUGGCAUAAUGGGCCUUUUAGUCUUAUGUUAGAAACACAUUUAAGGUUUUUUAUGUUGAUUACACAACAUUACAUGUAUACUCCUAAGUAGGGGGAAAAGCCUAGCUAAUGAUGGUAUAACUUUCGGGCCAUUCCUUUUGUAUGAACAUUGUAAUUAUGCUUAAGAUAAUACGUUAAAUUCUGUUAAUACAUCAUGUACAAAUAAACAAUAAAAUAUAUAUAUGGGCUUUUAUAAAGUA